AGGGCACCGCUCCCGGCCUGAUGUGCCAGGAGCCAGGAGCAGCCAUCCAGGUGACUAAGCCGGCCCACGGGCACUGAGUCACCUGCUGGCCUGGAGGUUCCUUUCUUUGCUUUUGCAUCUGAUUAUUUUGGGAGCUGGAAACUUGGAGCUGCACCUGGGUCCCGCCCCUUCUAGCCCUCCCCUCCCUACCUGGGGCUCUGAGAAAGAUGGGAUCUGCCACGAGUCUGCUGCCACCACCUAAGGAUACAGAAGAUGCUGUAGGGGCCCAAGGUGCCCAGGGAGAGACGCCAGCCAGCAAAGUGCAAUAGCAGAUAUGGUGAUGAGGCUGCCUGUCCUCUGGAGGUGUUGGAAGAGAAGGGGAGUCUGGUGCAAGCCGACUGGAGUCCUCCUGGGCUGGCUUUGAACUCACGUCCUCUGGGAUAUUUCUGUAAAUGAGCGCCUCCUAGAGUCAGAGUGGCAUUUGGAGAGUGAGGCUGGAUUGGCUUAGGCUGGCCUGGGCAGGGAGUGCCACUUCCUGGGCUAGAGACAAGCACCAGCCUGCAGUGAGGAGCUUGGGGCCCAGCUGCCCAGAGGACAGCCAAGGCCUGGGAGGACUGGCUGGGGAAGGUGCCCAGUCUUCCCUCUCCUCGGUACCUGAGAGCUCUGCCCACUGAAGGGUGAGGAGACUGAAGAACAAGGAGGCGGGGAAGGCAGCCCGGAGAGCAGGAGCAAAAAGAGAAUGCCACGGCACGGACAUAUCCAAUUCUGUGGACAGAUGAAUGAUCCAAGCAUUCAAUUCAAGAAAUAAAUAUGUCUUAUUGAAACAAACCUUCAGGCACCAUGUUCCGCAAGAAAAAAAAGAAACGCCCUGAGAUCUCGGCCCCACAGAACUUCCAACAUCGCGUCCACACCUCCUUUGACCCCAAAGAAGGCAAGUUCGUGGGCCUCCCCCCACAAUGGCAGAACAUUCUGGACACACUGCGGCGACCCAAGCCCGUGGUAGACCCUUCACGCAUCACCCGGGUGCAGCUUCAGCCUAUGAAGACAGUGGUGCGCGGCAGCGCGGCGCCCAUGGAUGGCUACAUCUCAGGGCUGCUCAAUGACAUCCAGAAGUUGUCGGUCAUCAGCUCCAACACCCUGCGCGGCCGCAGCCCCACCAGCCGGCGGCGGGCACAGUCCUUGGGGCUGCUGGGGGAUGAGCAGUGGGCUGCGGACCCGGACAUGUACCUGCAGAGCCCCAAGUCUGAGCGCACUGACCCCCAUGGCCUCUACCUCAGCUGCAACGGGGGCGCACCAGCAGGCCACAGGCAGGUGCCGUGGCCUGAGCCGCAGAGCCCACGGGUCCUGCCCAUUGGGCUGGCCACCAAGGCACAGUCCCUGGGCCCCACCGAGUUCCAGGGUGCCACACAGCGCUGCCUGCAGCUGGGAACCUGCCUGCAGAGAUCCCCACCUGGCACCUCCCCACCCACAGCUACGGGCAGGCGUGGGACCAAGACUGCGAGGCAUGGCUCCGAGGAGGCCCGGCCGCAGUCCUGCCUGGUGGGCUCGGCCACAGGCAGGCCGGGUGGGGAGGGCAGCCCCAGCCCUAAGACCCAGGAGAACAGCCUGAAGCGCAGGCUGUUCCGAAGCAUGUUCCUGUCUGCUUCUGCCACAGCCUCUCCAAGCAGCAGCAAGCCAGGCCCUCAACCACAGAGCAAGCCCAAUUCCUCUUUCAGACCACCGCAGAAAGACUGCCCCCCAAACCUGGUGGCGAAGGCCCAGUCCUUGCCCUCGGACCAGCAUGUGGGCACCUUCAGCCCUCUGACCACCUCGGAUACCAGCAGCCCCCAGAAGUCCUUCCGCACAGCCCCAGCUGCCGGCCCUCCUCCAGGCCGGUCCUCCCCAGCGGGCUCCCCCCGUACCCGGCAUGCCCAGAUCAGCACCAGCAACCUGUACCUGCCCCAGGACCCUGCGGUGGCCAAGGGUGCCCUGGCUAGUGAGGACACGGGUGUUGUGACUCAUGAGCAGUUCAAGGCUGCGCUCAGGAUGGUGGUGGACCAGGGCGACCCCCGGCUGCUGCUGGACAGUUACGUGAAGAUUGGCGAAGGCUCCACCGGCAUUGUCUGCCUGGCCCGGGAAAAGCACUCUGGCCGCCAGGUGGCUGUCAAGAUGAUGGACCUCAGGAAGCAGCAGCGCAGGGAGCUGCUCUUUAACGAGGUGGUGAUCAUGCGGGACUACCAGCACCUCAAUGUGGUGGAGAUGUACAAGAGCUACCUGGUGGGCGAGGAGCUGUGGGUGCUUAUGGAGUUCCUGCAGGGUGGGGCCCUCACGGACAUCAUCUCUCAAGUCAGGCUGAAUGAGGAGCAGAUCGCCACUGUGUGUGAGGCCGUGCUGCAGGCCCUGGCUUACCUGCACACCCAGGGGGUCAUCCACCGGGACAUCAAGAGCGACUCCAUCCUGCUGACCCUCGAUGGCAGGGUGAAACUCUCAGACUUUGGAUUCUGUGCGCAAAUCAGCAAAGAUGUCCCUAAGAGGAAGUCCCUGGUGGGAACCCCCUACUGGAUGGCUCCUGAAGUGAUCUCCAGGUCUCUGUAUGCGACCGAGGUGGAUAUCUGGUCUCUGGGCAUCAUGGUGAUUGAGAUGGUGGAUGGAGAGCCACCCUACUUCAGUGACUCCCCAGUGCAAGCCAUGAAGAGGCUCCGGGACAGCCCCCCGCCCAGGCUGAAGAAUUCUCACAAGGUCUCCCCAGUGCUGCGAGACUUCCUGGAACGGAUGCUGGUGCGGGACCCCCAGGAGAGAGCCACGGCCCAGGAGCUCCUGGACCACCCCUUCCUGCUGCAGACAGGGCUGCCUGAAUGUCUGGUGCCCCUGAUCCAGCUCUACCGCAAGCAGACCUCCACCUGCUGAGCCCGACCCCAGAGCGCACCUGCCACCUGUGCCCACAGGCAGGGGACACUGGGCCGCCAGCUUGCAACAGGGCCUGCCUGCCUGCCUCAUUCUCUCAGUAUUCUCUCCAAAGAUUGAAUGUGAAGCUCCACCCCCGCCCUCCUGCCCCUCCGCCCACUGGGCCAGGCCGGACCUGCCCCUUGGUCUCUCUCCCUCCGAAGAGUCCCUAGUUGCCUUUGGGAUGAUGGAGACCCCUUCUGCAGGGUGACCCUUUGUUAUCUGUACAGGGAGAUUUCUAAGAAAUAUGGAGACUAGUGCUUUUGGCCACUGUGGCCAAUAUAGCAGAAAAGGCUGCUGUGGUUUUUUAAAGGUAGUUGUACACGAGCAUCCGAGGCCACCCAGGAAGGAGACUGCCCAUCUUCCCCAGGAUGCUUGCUGUCCUCAGCUCCAGUUCCAAACCCUGGGGCCUGAGAGGGCCACAGGAAAGGUCUUGAUUGCCUGAAUCGUCUUCCUCCCUUGUGUCCAGCUUCCUGAAGGCACAGUCCCACGUGCACCUGUUUCCCGACCCACCAAGCUGACAACACUCUCCCUGCACAGCCCGUGCCCAGCUGUGGACAGACUGCUCGGAGGCCAUGGUGGCAGGGAGGGCAUUUUCUGGGUGAAAAAGGAAGACGGCAGUUGGUGGUAAAGGUGGUCUCACUGUACAGGGCGUGUUGCUUGUUUUUGUGCCCAUGUGUGUGUAAGUAGAGGAAGGGGUUGCCCCGACAGCCUGGCUCCCUUCAGGUCAUUGUGGCUGGCUCCAGUAAGGCUUCUCCAUCCUCUCUCCCACUAAGUUCUGCUCUGAAGGGACCUGCUUUCUUGGCCUGGCUUCCUGCAUCUUAAGUCCUGGGUUUCUAUCUGACCAGUGAAGAGAUCUGUAUUGAGUCUGACACAUCCUGGGGACUUGGCAGGUUUCCGAGUUCCUCCUGCACUGUGGAGUCUGAGAGCCAGAGAUCAGAAUGGUGAGGGAACAAACUUUGUUUUACCUGUGAGCUUCAUCUCAAAAACCAGGUCAUCAGGGACCCAUUCUUUUCAAAAUCCUGGUCUGAGGGAGGUGAACCAGCUCCCAGGGUUCCAUCACGUUAAGAGAAUGGGCCCCAUUUGUGCAAACCACCUGCCCCUCGCUGCCUCCUCAGACACCUGUCUCCUUGUCCUCCCCUCCCUACCAUCAGGGCUGCUGUGAGACAGGGAAUCCCAGGGAAGAACUCCAGGUGUCCGGACCCUAUCUAGAUAAUAUUUUUAGAUUCCUCUGCUCCCUAGUGGCCUGCUUUAGGGCAGAAAAAAAAAAAAAAAAAAAGCAAGGACUUUUUUUAAGGGUCAGAGUUUUAAAAACAAAAGCAUCUUCCCUAGAAAUUUUUGUGAAUUGUUUGCACUUGUGCCUGUUUUAAAUUAAACUGAGUGUUCAAAACCUCUGGCCUUCCUGUUGUCUCUGGGAGUGGAGCCAGGCUGUUUUCAAACUGGAGAAGCUAUCGUGA